CCAGCAAUUAAGAUAGUUUCCUACUUUCCUGAGGCAAACAAGACAAAUCACCUUCUGAAAUUUCCAACUCGAUUUCCUUCUUGUCAGACUGUAAUUAAUUUGUUUCCACUGCCAACAUCUCCCCCUAUUUUAUUACAUUUAUGCAGGUUGUUGGUCCUUGUCCUUUUUCAAUAAUAACUAUUGAGUACAAGAAAUAACACAAAGUUUCCUUCUACAAGUGAAAACGUGCCAUUCCAGCUUCACCAAGUUUUAAUUCAUCCACGAUAUCCCCCUUCUUUUUGAUUUUUUAUAUGCUUGAGAGUUGAAAUCCAAAGUUGUUGAAGCGCAUCAUUGUUGAUUCUCUUGCUCCUAUAAGUCGGGACAAUCUUCUGUUAGAUUUUGUUCAAGCUUAUUUAUUAGUUUUGGGGGUGUUUAGCAAGUGUCAAAAAUCAUCACCACCAUCCUCCACACUUCCUCUCAGUUAAUUGCUUUAGCCUGGUUCUCCUUCUUUCUUGGCAAGAGGUCUCCAAAUGGCACCUGAGGUUGCCAGAGAUAAAGCUUCAUUUAUGGUCCAAGCCAAAUCACUGAGCCUUGCAGUGUCACUUAACACUACAACAAGUCUCUUUAUGGCUCAAACCGUGCUCAGGGUUUUUGCUGCUGUUUCCACAUUGGCUGCAAUCUGUGUUAUGGCAACAAGUUCCCAAACCAUUGUUCUAUUUGGAUUCACCAUUAGAGCUCAUUAUAGCUACUCAUCUGCUACGAGGUUUUUAUUUGCGACAGAUGCCAUUGUAUGUGCAUCUUCUCUACUCUCAUUGAUCUUUGUUUACCAUUUGAGCCGCUCAGGAUCAAAUCUCAAGACCUGUUUCUAUCUGUUUUUGCAUGACAUGGUGAUUACGGUGUUGGCCAUAUCCGGAUGCGCGGCGGGGACUGCGGUGGGCUAUAUCAGUAGGUAUGGAGAAGAAAAAAUGGGUUGGAUGGCUGUUUGUAACCGUGUGAAGAGCUUUUGCAAUCACAUGACGAUAUCCAUGGUGUUGUCUUACGUGGCUUUCUUGUCCUACUUGGCUCUUGCUGUUAUGUCCAGCAACAAAGUGAUGUAUGAGGCCAAUGGUGAGUACCAACGCAAUGAAAGGCAAGCAUGCCCUUGAACAUUAUGUAACCAUCAAAGGGAAGCAGGUUUUUCAACCCAGGUCUUGAAAUUUUUCAUCUCUGAUGCUGUUGCUUUAGAAAUUACACUUCUAGCUAGUAGGAGCUACAAUAUGUUUUAUAGUUGAAAAUUCGUACUUUAUGUGUUAUUUAUCAUGUUCAGAAAAUACACACACUAUGUUUCGAACCA